AGCCUUGUUGCUGCUGUUGAUAGGUUGAAAGAUACUUUCUGCCGGCAGCAUGCACUUGAUCUAAUUUUCACGGAAGAGGGUGAUAGCUCUCUGACAGCUGAUAUGUACAUCAACAUGGACAAAAACGUGGAGGAGUUAGCAUCGCUUCCCUCCCCAAUAUUCCAGGAACUUUUUGUAAAGCUGAACAGGAUGGCUAGUUUAACAGCAGACAUGUUUGCGGGGAGAGAAAGAUUUGCAACUUUACUGUCGAUGAGACUGACUGAAACUGUCAUAUUAUGGCUAUCAGAAGAUCAAAGCUUUUGGGAUGACAUUGAGGAAGGCCCGAGACCGCUUGGUCCUAUGGGCUUACAGCAGUUCUAUCUUGAUAUUAAGUUCGUCUCGUGCUUUGCCGCCCAAGGACGUUACCUGUCACGAAACUUGAACCGGGUUCUCAAUGAGAUCAUUAACAAGGCUGUGCAAGCAUUUUCCAGUACUGGGAUGGAUCCUGACAGGGUACUACCGGAAGACGAAUGGUUCAUCGAGGUAUGUCAUGAAGCCAUGGAAAGAUUAAGUGGGAAACCGAAAGCCAUAGAUGGAGAUCGAGAACUCAACAGUCCGACGGCCUCUGGGUCUGCACAAUCGAUUUCAUCUGUGAGUACCUAAUUUUCCUUCAAAGUCUUUACAGAUUCCCCCUCCUGUAAAUUUCAUAAUCGCGGGUAGAAUCCUAUAUUUCUCCCCCACCCUGGUUAGACCGAUUCUUUCUUUCUUUUUUCCCGUUUGUUCUAGUGUGCUCUGUAAAUUUGUUUUGGGUUGAGUUGUCUGAUAAGUCUCUGUUGUGCCAAUAUCUGAAUUUGUUGUCUUAACCAACCGUCAUCCAGGUUUGUAACCAUUAGGUGACGGAUUGUAAGUUGAGGGUUAAAAUGUCGCUUCGAAACAACAACAAAUAAGUUAGACAGUAAAAGAACGAGGUUUCUUGUCACAUCAUAUAAAAAAAGGAAUGUCACAUCAUUCUACGC